UCAAGCUCAUUCAUUCAACGCAGGUGAGAUGAAUUCUUGUAAAAUAUAAGUGCGGAGGGAUUUAUAUCUUUGUAUAACGCUGUCGUAUUGUGAAUUGCAAAUAAAUUACACAUUGUACGAAGAUGGAGGCAGAUGCUAAAGCCUACGAUGAACUCAGUGAACCACAAAUCAAAGUAGGAAGUCAAUUUAUCCGUGAAUUAAACCUCUGUGCCGGAGACAAAGUACUUGAUAUGGGUUGCGGUACAGGCCAUAUCACUAAAUAUAUCGCUGAUAUCGUUCGCCCCAACGGUCAGGUGGUCGGAAUCGAUCCCGAUACUGAACGAAUCAAAAUUGCUGAAGAGAAAUAUAAAGCAGUCAGUAGUCUUCAAUUCUAUGUUGGUAGCAGUGUAAUUGGAUUCACACACGAUACUGAGCCAUAUUAUGAUGUUCAUAUCAGUACAAAUGUCUUCCACUGGUUGCCUAAUAACGAGAAAUGCAUUUAUAUACGGAAAGCAUAUCAAUGUUUGAAGCCUGGGGGGAAAUUGGCUAUCUGGUGUAUCCCUAAGAUGCCAAAUGAUGUCGAAACUGUUACAGGUUUUGUUGAACUCAUUUGUUUUAUCGUUUUAUUGUGACCCCGCGCAUGCGCAGCUAACCACUAUGUGAGAGACUGAAGCGCGAUCUUCCCUGGCUCUGUUUCUCUGUGGCUCUGCAGCCUUCGUGUCCGCGGUGUCCUGCUGCGCGGUUCUUUUUAUCCUUGAAAUACGAACCGUCUAUCGACCACAGGCUAAGUUCACUAACGCUCAUACUGUACAGAGAUGUGUAUAAAUUCUUAGUAAAGUCUUUAUUGUAAUAUGUUUUGUCAGGUCGAUAGUCAUUUCCAACGCAUAUAGAAUCGAAUAUGUCGUUGUUUUUAUAAUCACAGCUUGUACAAGGGUCAUUGGGGUUAAUAUUAGCGCACGGGGUCUGUUUUAUAUCGUGUAAUGACAUAUCAGUUUGAUCAAACAUUUUAUACGUAUUAGAAAAAUAUA